UUUAAGGUUUAUUACCGCGAUUUCUUGAAAAGGCUUCGCACUUAUGGCUUCGAAUUCGAACGUGACUUCUUUCUCGCUCAGGAAGGACCAGAAGAAAGCACUGAUGCCUCCCGUUUUGGAAUAAAGAAAUUCACGGGGGAGGAGCUACGAGAGCGAAAGAUAGCUCGGUACCGAAAGCAGAAAGAAUUGAAGAACACAAUGAUUGAACUGGAAAAACUUCUUGGGCAGAACAACGGGGACGAAUCAGUUCUGAGAAGCCUUCAUCUGGCAGUGGUGAAAUAUUGGCAAGGAAAGGCUAUCGAAGAACUGGAAUCUAUUGAAGAUGAGCUACCACUCGUAGAAAUGAUGAAGAAGCGUAUGCAAGAGAGCAAUGACGGAUCAACGAUGACAAACAAGACAUUGCAGAAAAGUGACCCGAAACCAGCGCCUUUACGACCAUUUAUAAUUGCGCGUUCGGAGCAGCAGAAAGCCGUGUAUGGUCUUGGAUAUCCCUCUAUUCCCACUAUGACUGUCGAUGAAUGGUACAACCAGCGAUUUGGUAACGCUUCAUCGACGUCACAGCAACAACAGCACCAUCAUCCAGGCGAUAAAGAUGGCAACGUGGACCAGUCUGGAGAACUCGAGGGAGAGGAGGCCGAAGAGCGAGAAAGGGCGAGGUUGAUGAGGUGGGAUGACUACAAAGACGAUCAUCGACGAGGCUGGGGAAAUACUCAUAAUAAGGGAUGA